GUACCCAUGUCUGCCGACCUGGCAUAAAUGCAUGAAGCCAUCAUCUUGCAUAAAAAACAGCAUGAUAUUCGUGAUCAGCACCCCGAAAACCACAUUGCAACCACACUUGACGCUCUAAUAGGUCCCGAUUUUCCCGACUUUUGGGUCAUUGACCUGACCUGGAAGGCUGACCUAGAACCCUAAAAUUGGGUAUCAUCGGCUUCCUCUCGUCACAGGCAACACGUUCGUUUUUACGAGAACCUCUAGCUCGAUCAGGGGCUAAACGACAAGGGGUCCCACGUGAACGGACUCCCCCCCCCCUUAUACGUUCGCGGAUUGCAAACCACCAGUGCGGGCGAAGGUUAAGCUUCAGCGUUGCUCAAAUUGCAAUAAAUCACGAUGAUAUGUGCUUGAGAUCAGAUUGGCGCACGUUUUAUUUGCAAACCAUGCCCACACUGGUGGGCGUCACUGUAUGGUAUUAAAAGCGCGAAAACUAUAAGAAAUGCUGCCUUGUUCAUGUACGCUUUGUUUAUGAAAAUGUUGUGUAAGUGUGCGUGCGUGCGGGCUGGCGGGUGAUGUUGGACAUGUGUGCAGCAUGUUUCAGCUGCGUAUUUUAUGGCUUCAAAAUGUGUUUCUCACCAUUACAAAUGUGUCAUUUUACUACGGAGUGAAGCUGGAAAAAAUGACAAAUUCAGUUUAGGUACUUUAAUUUUAAUAACAAAGAAGGUGAACCUAUAUUAUUUGGCAAAGUUGUAAAUCUCGUUGAACCUUAUUUCACUAUGGCGUGAUGCAUGUUUUCUAGAGAAAUCAUAGACGACUCGUGGCGCUACUACCGCGAACUGCUGGCCUCGGAGAAUGCAGUGGCCGCCGGGAUCUGCGAGCUGUCUGGCUACUUCUUCACCAAGGACGGUCCGGAAAAGGUCAGCAACGCCCACCUGGCGCGGCUGUGCGCCGACUACCGACCCGCUACGGAGCGCGAGCUGCGGCUCUGCCCGGGUGGCUGGACAAACGGCGUGUUCUGCACUACCCUUCUGGCCGACGACACCUACCACCUCGGAUGGCUGACUGAAAGGUUUAAGGAAGCCGGUGGCACCAUCAUAGAGGCUGAGGUGAGGGACCUGCGCGAGCUAGCCGGCUACGACAUAGUCGCCAACUGCAGUGGACUGGGCGCCAAGCGGCUGCUGAACGACAGGCGACUGGUGCCACUCCGGGGCCAGGUCUACAAGGUAAAGGCACCGUGGAUAAAGACGUUCUUAUACUGUGGCGAGGACACCUACGUCAUCCCGGGCGUGGAUCAUGUGACGCUGGGCGGAUCGCGCCGGUUUGCCGCAACCAGUCUGGACAUCGACAAGUACGAGUCGAAAGCCAUCUGGGAGCGGUGCACGCGGUAUGUGCCCAGCCUGCGGCGCGCCCAGAUUGUGGAGGAGUGGGUCGGUCUACGACCCCAUCGUGACCCGGUGCGCAUAGAGAAGGAGCGCCUGGACACGGGCCUCACGGUGGUCCACUGUUACGGUCACGGUGGCUACGGGGUGAUGACGGCGCCGGGCAGCGCUGCGCUGGUCAGCCGGCUGGUCACAGAGGUCACCAGCGGAGACUUCACCAACCCUGCCAUCAGCAGUUUGUAAGCGCGCAGCGGAUGGAGUCGGCUGGUGAGGCGCUCGCUGCCGACUUGCUAACCGGCUGCUGGUAGGCAGACCGCUGGCGUCCGUGUCUUACGGUCUGCUGGAAGCUGAAGUAGCAUAAAGUGACCAGUACCUCUUUUAGAGCGUCGGGUAUGAAAAAGGGGCACAGCACAGUAUUUUAUCUCGGCCUCAGAAGCGGACAUAAUACGAUAUCUCAGCAAGUUUUCAUCGGAUCCUAAUAAUUUUGAUGUCAAAUGAAAGCGCAGACACUGGCGGUCAUGCUGACCGUCGCUGAUGUCUAAAUAUAAUAGGAAAGAUCGUAUUAUCUAGAAAAACCAAAUUCACCGUUUUACGCAAUAAAUGUUUUUCUACAAGUGCCAUGGAAAAUCUUCAGUUCGUGUUCACCGAGCAUUCUGAUUUCGGGCAGAACAUCCAUUUUCGGAUUGAAAUGUGAAAACAUGUUUUGCUUUAUUGAUAAAUAUUUUUAUACAUUUGAGAGGCAUUGCACUAAAGCGUCAUACAGAU